UAACGACGCCCCCAUUUGCCAGCUACUUCCGCUUCUGUGUCAAGCCAAGGCUACACAGUAAAUUCUUGUCCAUCUUUCUGGACUUGCAGAUACAUUCAGCCUGCUCACGCCACUCAGGCUGAUUUCUUCCCGACUCCAUCCGCGUCUGACUCGCAAGAGAUUAAACAAAGGUUAUUAAUUUGCCUUGGUCAAAAGAGCCACAUAAACUGAAGUUGGAAUUACAUCAGCUGUUUGUCUGCUAACUAAGCAGCUGAUUUGCUCAAAUUGACAUCUGCUGGUGUCAUUCCUCUGAGGACAGACCAUCUGCUGAAAAUCUGUGUGAAGCUGUAUUUGGGACAUUUUCUCUAUAUCAGACAAACAUUGCUCUGUUGUUGUGGUGACACUCAAGCGAGACCUAGAUUGACAGGUCUCCCUCCAGAGGAACUUUCCAGAGCAGCCACCAAAAGGAACAUGUGCUAGAAGUUCAACAUCUGUCCUAAACAACUGGUCAGCUUUGACUCUAGAAGAUGAGCAAUGACGAUGAGUUCUUCGAUGCCGUCACAGGCCUGGAAUCGGACGAGUCGUGCGAGGGGCUCUCGGAGGCCAGUUUCAAAGAUGCACAAGGGAUUGACAGCAGCAGCCAGAAGAACAAUGGAUCAGUCCCACAAGAAAAUGGCAUCAAGAAACACAGGACAUCUCUCCCUGCACCCAUGUUUUCCAGAAACAAUAUCAGUGUGUGGGGUAUCCUGAAAAAAUGUAUUGGACUGGAACUGUCCAAGAUCACGAUGCCCAUUGCCUUCAACGAGCCCCUGAGCUUCCUGCAGAGAAUCACAGAAUAUAUGGAACACACUUACCUCAUCAACAGAACCUCCUCAAUGUCCGACUCCAUAGAGCGCAUGCGGGCAGUAGCUGCUUUUGCUGUGUCAGCAGUUGCGUCGCAGUGGGACAGAACUGGAAAGCCCUUUAAUCCCUUGUUGGGAGAGACCUACGAACUUAUCAGAGAGGACCAGGGUUUCCGAAUAGUGUCUGAGCAGGUAUCCCAUCAUCCUCCAGUGAGUGCAUUCCAUGCAGAGAACCUGGCUGGGGAUUUCGUGUUCCACGGCUCCAUCUACCCUAAACUCAAAUUCUGGGGCAAGAGUGUUGAGGCAGAGCCUAAAGGGACUAUCACACUAGAGCUACUCAAGCACAGGGAGGCAUACACAUGGAGCAACCCUAACUGCUGUGUACACAAUGUCAUACUGGGAAAACUGUGGAUAGAACAGUAUGGCACAGUAGAAAUAGUCAACCACAGCACUGGAGACAAAUGUGUGUUGAAUUUCAAGCCCUGUGGGAUGUUUGGCAAAGAGCUACACAAAGUGGAGGGAUACAUCCAAGACAAGAGUAAAAAGAAGCUUGCUGUCAUCUAUGGGAAGUGGACUGAAUGCAUGUGGAGUGUCGACCCUCAGGCCUAUGAGGCACACAAGAAGUCUGAGAAGAAAGGGGACAACAAAAAGCAAAAAAAUGAUGAACUUGAGGGCGCUGAGAACGAUGACGCAGAUGACAUGCCCGAAGUCCAAGAGACUGUGUCUGUUGUACCAGGAAGCACUCUGUUGUGGAGGAUAGACUCUAGACCAGCACACUCUUCUGUGAUGUACAACUUCACAAACUUUGCGAUGUGUCUGAAUGAGCUGGAGCCCGGCAUGGAGGCCGUCCUGCCCCACACAGACUGUCGCUUCAGGCCUGACAUCAGAGCAAUGGAGAACGGCAACAUGGAUGAGGCCAGUAAAGAAAAGGAAAGACUGGAGGAGAAACAGAGAGCUGCCAGAAAAGAGAGAGCCAAGAGAGAUGAGGAGUGGUCUACCAGGUGGUUCCAGAUGGGCACCAAUCCAUACACAGGCUCCCAGGAUUGGAUCUACACUGGUGGAUACUUCAACAGGAACUACCAAGACUUGCCCGAUAUCUACUGAAAGCCUACUUGCCUUCCUCCUCCUCCUCCUCCUCCUCCUCCUCCUCCUCCUCCUCCAUAUCUGUAACCUGCAGUACCCCACCUGCCCCCCGUCAUUAACUGGAGAUAAAAUGAUACAAAUCAACAAAGGCACACCAACUCAGAUUGGAAAUGGAUACAAAGAAGCUGAACGUUUGCCACUUGUUGACUGCCGAGUCUUCAGUAAAACUGGUUGUUUUGGGGUUUUGUUUUGUUUUUGUUUUUUUUGCCCCCCCCACCCUCCCACUUAAGAGAAGUUGUUAUAUUAUCUCCAAGUCUUACUCUCCAUCAUCGACAAACAUCUCCUGUGUCCCUGCUGAAGCACCCUAUAGAGCACAAUGGCCAUUUAAUUCCAGGCCAAUCCCUCUGGCAGAGAGUUGGUAACAACUCAAAAACCUCACAGGUCCGUUCUGAAUGUUUAACAUCUUUGCUAUUGAACUCUCUGCUCCGAGGAUCUGCCUGCCAAGACUCUUGAUGGCAGCAUUUUAAAAACAUUCACGUGUCAUAAAUGAGUAAAGUAAAAACAAAGACCCGAUAAUCACAACGAUGGAUACAUGGAUGCAGACGAACACCCAUGCUCUUUGAAUUGAAGAUGGACUCUGAGGAUGUUUUGUUUUUUCUUUUCACUCUUUUUGUUUUGUUUUGUUUUGUUUUUUAAAAAAUAUUUGGCAAAAUUUUAAAGAUUUAAACACUCAAAAUACUUUAGUUAUAUACUACUCUUUGAGCAACAAAUAAGUUAUGAGUGAUCAUUAUGUUGGUCAAAACAAAUCAAAUGCAAUUAAGACUUCAUUACUGUCCAUGUGUCUUAUCCUGAAAAUGAUUAAUAUCUGCUGAUAGUCUCAAAUUAUUUUGUAAAGUUUGAUUGAUAUUAAAAUGAGUAAAGAUCACUACUAUAAAGCAUACGUUUCCCUGACAACAAAAACAGAAUUGGAAUCGGGAAAACAAAGCAACAAAUAGUUGAGAUAUUCAUGGAAAUGGCUGAAUAGCCUGCUUUAACCUUUAAGCAACAUGCAUAACCCGGCUGAUGCGUGAUUUGGUUUCACACAGGUGCAAGUAUUCCAUCGUCUGAUUUCUGCAUCUUUCUUUUUAGCUUUUAAGAUGCUGAGGUUUGAAGUUUGCAUUUACCCCCUCUGGCAGGUUACAAGACAGUAACCUAUUGGCAGUACAUACAUAUAGCAGUACAUAUUGGUUGCAUUUUGCCAGUUUAACAUGUGACUUUAAAGGAUAAGAGUGUUGAUCUGCAGCUGCUUGUGAAUGAAACUGCCUAAAGGAAUUGGGUUGUUAUAAAUCUCACUAUCGUCAUAGAAGAAACUUGUCAGUGUAAUCAGAGUAUCAAAUGCAGCUCUAGAUAAUUGUGUUCUAUGGCACGAUUGGGUGGAUGGAUUCAUGGACAAAGUGACAUAAGUAGACAAACGGGAAAAACUGGAGGAAAAUGGCGACUACAGAAAAGUUAACGGACCGCAGAUUAACUUGGCGUCGACUCAUAUAAUAGGACAACAAAACAACCAGAAACAAUACAGCGAUGAUUGUAGUCUUUUGUGUCUGUGCAGGCUGCUUCUUACACUUAUGUGCUGAGCAGAAACACUAUUUCUUAAAGUGAAAAAGAAAAAAGAAAAAAAAAGCCAGAACUUCUCUAAUGAAUGUUGGCACACACAAAAAAAAGACUGUAGAUGUUUUGGAUUGUUGGUAGUGCCCCAACAGGGUCCCAGAAACUGGUAACUCCAGUGUUGAUGUCCACUGUGUUGUGCAGUUUCCCUUUGAUUUGUAUUGAGAUCAACAACAGUGUGACUCUACAUUUAGCCCAUUCAUUAUUCAUUUCAAUGCAUCGUCACCGAGCAGGACUCACAUUUCCCUUCAGAUUCUAGGAUAUAGACAUGUUGGUAAAUGAAUACUGGGAUGAAAUCACAAUGGAGUGUUUUUUUUGUUUUGUUUUUUUUUUGUUUUUGUUUUUUAAUUUUUAGGUUUAUGGCAUUCUGUUGCUAUGCUGAGGUCUUAUUAAAAGGUUAAAGUUUUUAAACAUUGUAAUACUUUUGAUUAAAACACUUUGCUCUUGUCGUCUAAAGUUAUAAUAUAAAGGCAUAGCUAGAGUCAACCCGCAGUUUUGAUCGAGUGAGAAAUGUAGAACAAACAGGUUACAACUCUCACAUAUGCGUACUAACUUAACAUCAUAACACACGCACCUAAUUUUGUUUGACAGAUGCGUUCUGCUGAAGUCGAACCCUACCCAGUACAUUAUGGCACGCAUCUAAUUUUUAAUCACAUUUCGUUUUGUUUCUGUAUUAAAAAUCACAUUUUCACGUGAAUAUUUAGCUUGCAGCACCGACCCUAUGCAACUUUAGCACGUGUCUAUUAUUGUACCGCAGCUUAACGUUCCCCCCCACCCGCAGCGACACAUUGAACGCACGCGCACACACACCUUCAGUUUUUGAGUAGUGAGAUGUACCUUUUAUAUAUUGACUUUGCAGCCUUAGUUUAAUACAUUCCAGAUAAUUUAAGACCUGUUUGUACUACUUGUCACUACAGGUAGCCGUGUUGUCACAUCUUCAAUUUGACUUUUAUUUGUUUUUGGUUUUUUUUAAAUGGAUUACCGUGUCAUGCUUAGUGCCUGAACUUGUCUGUUUUCCAUUUUUAACUUGUGUGUUAUUUAUGGUGUUUUAUGAAUGACUUGAUUUUUUUUUUCUCUCUUUUGUAGCAAAAUCGUUUCUUAAUGCCUCUGUUUUGCUUAGGAAGGAGCAGAGCGCCUAAUCGGGUCUUGAAGCAAACAUUCACCAGCUGAACACUGAACCUUUGACUGUGGCUGUUACAUCUGUCUGAUUUACUUGCCAGUACAGUAUCUGUAACAUAUUCAGGACAUGUUGGGUUAAAUUCACAAGUACAAUCCAGAACUUUACAUUCAUUUUAAAACAACCUAAAAAAUAAAACCCACACUUUUUUUGUUUUGUGUUAUUAAAAAGCGUUUUGCACAAACACUACUCCCGGUGCGCCAUCACAGAAGGCUAAAGUCAAGCACUCACCAAAUUCUGCAGCUGUACAUGAAUCCAAACACAAUCUUGGUAAAUUUUUACUGUAAACUACUAACUGGCAAAAACUAUUAAACACAUGUAACCGUCACGUUCAUCAGUGCUCAUCAAGCGCUACCAGUUAUACAACUAAUA